AUGAGGUUCUGGUCUCUGCUCGUCGUAGCAUGGCUUCCGGUUCUGCAGGUCCUCCUCGUAGGAUUGCUCGGAGCUCUUCUUGCAUCCAGCCGUCUCGACGUUCUCACGGCCGAUGCUCGGAGGAACAUCAAUAAGGUUGUUUAUAUUGUCUUCGUUCCGUCGCUCGUCUUCUCCAGCUUGUCGAGUACUGUCACGCUCAAGGACAUCCUCGGCAACUUCUAUAUAUGGACGCACAGCUACAGUGUCGUGAAGAGAUCCGCUACGCUGUACAAGGCAAAAAUGCGUAAGGAAGACGCUCUGACUGGCACGAGCAAAGAACAUUUUGGACAGGAUGCAGGUGGCGAUUAUGUCGCUUUUCUUCCAUUGUCCUCUGAAGAUUUAUCCGGUGAUGUUGGAAGCAACUCGGUUAGUUCUCCCUUGCUUCCAAAUGAUCCUAGGGCUAGCUUCUGGGGUUACUACUUGAGAAGAGCAGAGGAGUUGGUGGUGGAGAUACUGAAAGAACUAGGGUCACCGCCAAGUGUAGCUGCGGUCCUGAUAUUCAGUGUGGGUGCAGUAGACAAGGUGAAAUCACUUGUUACUGAAGAAGGUUCUCCUCUCCGAGUAAUCCAGGAUUCUACCAAAUUAUUAGGGGACGCUACAAUUCCAUGCACGGUGCUGAUUCUCGGUGGAAAUCUAACAAAGAUACAUCUCAUCGCCAUGACCUCAUGCAGUAUCAUGCUAUCCAUUGUUUAUGUUUCUAAAUGGAUUGCUGAGCGACCAGCAGCCACCAAACUUGGGUUGCUACCGAAAUCUCCCCUGUACCGCUACGUGCUCCUGCUGCAAUCCACAGUUCCUCCAGCCAUGAGCGUCGGCACAAUAGCUCAGCUGUUUGAUGUGGGGGAAGAGGAGUGCUCUAUCAUCUUCCUGUGGACGCACCUAGUUGCAGCCCUUGCUCUCACGCUUUGGUCGACGGUGUUCAUGUCACUCGUACUGUGA